CAUUUAGAAGCAACUUUAAAUCACCCGAUCAUGAAAGAGAAUCUCCUAUUCUUCUUUCACAGACUUUCAUCCAUCCAUCCAUCCAUUCAUCCAUUCAUCCAUUCAUCCAUCUCAUCACAACUACCUCGAACUCCAACAAUGACAAUAACUCUGUGGCCCACGUUUUACCUAUCGACGUCAGUCAGGAAAGGAUCAUUGACGUCUUCACUUGAUAUUUAACCCUCGAAUACCUAGGUAGGUAGGUAGUACCUGUAAAUUAACAAAAUAUGUCGAUUAUUCCUGCCCUAUUUUUGGAGAUGAGAUGAUAAAAUAAAUUCUCUUACCUCUAAUAUAAUUAAGUAUCUUUUUCAUUAUUGUCUUCUUUACAUCAGUAUUCAUGUCGACCGUUUAAUAUACAUUACAUUACAUUACAUUACACAUCAAGACAGCAUUUUGCAAAUAAUUUCUAUAUGAAUUAAUAUCCACUCCACUCCACUGCACUCCAAUCAGACCAGAACUAGAACCAACCCCCCUCCUGGAAAAUGUCUAAUCUCAGCUCCUCAACCUGCUCCCCCAACAUCUCCAAUUUCCCCUCUCCAACCACAACCACAACCACAACCACAACCACAAUCAAAACCAUAACCAUAAUCACAACCACAACCAAAACCACAACCACAGCCCCCCUCAAAGCCGCCUAUGCAACCCUCAUAACCACCCCCUCCUACAUCCCCGGCGUACUUCUCCUCGCCCACACCCUCAAAAAGCAAGGUUCCCAAUAUCCACUCAUCCUCAUGUACACUGGACUCCCAGAAAACUACAUCGAGCAUCUCACACGAGAGGCCAAACUCUCCAACAUAAUCCUCCACGAAACCACACUUUUAAACCUAAGCCCGAACGCGGGAGUCGCCGCCCGGUUCGCAGAUACCUGGACGAAAUUACAAGUAUUCUCGCUAUACGAUUGCGGGUACGAAAGGAUCUGUUUCCUAGACGCAGACAUGUUGAUUCUCGGACCCAUGGAUGAAUUACUCCUUAACACCGCUCUUCGAAAACCAGGCAUCGAAGGAGAAGCUGGGAAACUCCUCGCUGCAAACCACGUCUGCGUGUGCAAUCUCGAUCAAGAUUCCUGGGCGCCCACCGACUGGUGUCGCGAAAACUGCGCAUAUACAACCACCAGCAAUCACCCUCCACAACAAACAACCCAACACGUCCCUCCAACCGGCACCGGUCUCCGCACCCACACCCUCCUCAACUCAGGCCUCUUCAUCUUCACCCCCAGCGAGGAAACCUGGAACGACAUGUGGAACUUCAUCCACACCCACGGAACCACUCUCUCGAGCUACCAAUUCGCCGACCAAGAUUUCCUAACCGAGUGGUGGCGCGAUCGCUGGGUCAGCGUAGGAUGGAAAUGGAACGCUUUGAAAACAUGGCGGCAUUGGCAUCCGGAGAUGUGGCGCGAUGAGGACGUACGCGCCUUGCAUUAUAUAGUUGAUAAGCCGUGGCGAGCUCGUGUUCCUGCUUCUGGGAUUGCCGGGUAUAAGGGGAAUGAUGGGGUAACGCAUGGAUGGUGGUGGGAGGCGUAUGGGGAAUGGGAGGAGGAAAGGAGGGAGGCGGGAGAGAUGGGGAUAUUGGAGUUGGUGAGUGGUUUGGUUGGUUAAUGGUUUUUUUGAGAAUUGGAUUUUUGUAAAUGGUUGGUGGAGAGUUGAUGUUGGUUAGAUUUGUAGUUUCAGGUCUGGCGUUUGGAGAGGAUAGGAUAUGUACUAGGUACCUUUUGUACGAACAGCGGAGUAGUUAGCGAACCAUAUUGUAUGGGACUCAGCCAGAGAAUUAUCAGCCGGAGAAUCAUUCAGGAAGAUCGUUCAUGGCUUAUUAGUUAUGAAAUAAGCUAACUGUACUUACAUUAUCGACUGUGGGGUG